UCUGAUUUAACAUGUGCAACUACACAACGGCAAGAUUUAACGUCAGUAAAUUGCCUAUUUUGCUCUCUCCGUAAAUAGCAGUUGACAUAAACAUAUUAUUUCAUUAAUGUAAUAAUAUUUAGUGCUUUUGAGCGAAGUGGUGCAUUCCGGGACCCAGUGGUUUUAGGGCUCUGUAAACUUACCCAGUCUGGCGAAUUUAAUUCUUUGAGAUGAUAACAGACUUGCAGUAAGGUGUGCGUUACACUGUUUUGUAUUAUGAUUAACGUUAAACGUUUUUAGAACUUGUCCAAAGGCAGCACAUACAUGGUAUGUCUAUUCUCUAAAUGUGAUAUAUCUUACUGAAUGACCUCUGUAUAUGUAAAGAUUACAGUUUUGCAUCCAAGUGCAUAGAUAUGGCCCAUAGUAUUCAACUUAGUAAAACGUAGUUGAAAGAAUAAACUUAAACUUCAAAUCCCAAUGAAUGUAUAUGACACAUUAUAAUGCAUGAAUCAGAUGUCAGUGUUUCGACAAACCGACUUCAACAAGCCAAACUCCUCAUCCUGAGUGAACUGAUCCAACACGAUGCUGAGGAUAAAGGCACUGCCUGUAUUGCAGACACAUAUAUCAUGUUAUCCUUUGGUUGCUCAGAGAGUUCACCAGCUGGCCUCCAUCAAACAUGUGUCUAUGCUCCCUGAGAGGAGGCGUCAGAGUCUUCUGUACCCCUUCAGCAGUCUGGAGGAGCACCUGUCCUCACAGGUCAAUCAGGAAGAAUUCAAGAUCUUUGAUCCCAGCUUAGAGGAACUCCGUCAGGCAGAGACACUGUUCACUCCCUCCUCAAAACAUAAUAUUGACUACUCUAACUCUGCGGUCCGGAUAGACCAUGUACCCGUUCUUAAACAGCCAGAGGUGUGUUUUAUGGGCAGAAGUAAUGUUGGGAAGUCUUCUCUCAUCCGUGCCUUGUUCUCUCUUGCACCGGAGGUAGAUGUGCGGGUCUCUAAAACUCCGGGCCACACCAAAAAGCUGAAUUUCUUCACUGUGGGAAAGGCGUUUACUCUUGUAGACAUGCCGGGGUAUGGACACAAUGCCCCACGGGAUUUUGUGGAGAUGGUUGAACCGUACCUUCAAGAGCGGCAAAAUCUGGUGAGGACGUUCUUGCUGGUGGAUGGAGGUGCAGGUCUGCAGAAGGCAGAUUUAGUUGCUGUGGAGAUGUGUGAGGAGUUCAAUUUACCUUAUGUGCUGGUGGUAACUAAAAUAGACAGAACCCGACAAGGCGCUUUGUUGGCUCUUGCUCUACAGCUUCGGGACUUUAUCAAAAAUCAAACCAGCACAUGUUUCCCGCAGCCAUUUCUAGUGAGUUCAGUCCAGUUCUCUGGGAUUUAUCUGCUCAGGUGUUUCAUAGCGCACGUAACGGGAAAUCUACAGCUUAACGCUAAACAGUCGUGAGUGUGCUGCACUGCCUUUCCACACAUCACAAAGACAAAUCUGAGGUCCGGACCCAAUGUUAUAAAACCAAAUUGAAAAUGACUGAUUUAAACUAUUGAAUUGUUGAAUCUGUGUGUUAUUUUCAAAUGCAGAAGCUAGAAUCACAUUAUUGCUGAUUUCAGGAUUCAUUCAGCACUGUGUCAACUCCCUGUGUAUGAUUUAACAAUAUUUAAUGAGAGUUUAAGGCAUACCCCAACACACAUUCAUUCCUGUUGCUGUAUAGUCAAGUGGAAUAUUGUUCUUCUAAAUAAAAUAAAGUGUUGCUCUGAA